CUCUCGUGGCUCCAAAAAACAAGGAUCUUUAUUUGUUAUUUCUCUCCAUCAUUUUCAUUGCAUCUGUUAGCUCCCAUUUUUCCAUUCUCUAUUACUCUCCUCCCCUUUCUUUCAUUCACAUUUCGUAGGGAGCUUCUUCCUCAUUGCUGGCAAAAUGGCAAACGCAGCGUCCGGAAUGGCAGUGCACGAUGAUUGCAAACUGAAGUUCCAAGAGCUUAAAGCGAAGAGGAGUUACCGAUUCAUUGUGUUCAAAAUUGAGCAACAACAAGUCGUGAUAGACAAAAUAGGGGAACCGACGGAAACCUAUGACGAUUUUCAGGCCAGUUUGCCAGCUGAUGAGUGUCGUUAUGCCGUCUAUGAUUUUGAUUUCACAACUGCAGAGAAUUGCCAGAAAAGCAAGAUCUACUUCAUAGCAUGGUCACCAGAAAUUUCAAGGGUGAGGAUGAAGAUGGUGUAUGCAAGUUCCAAGGAUAGAUUCAAGAGAGAGUUGGAUGGCAUUCAAGUUGAACUGCAAGCAACUGAUCCAAGUGAGAUGAGCUUGGACAUUGUGAAAGGGCGAGCCCUCUGAGUGCUCCCUUUUCAACUUAAUCUCACCUCUCUCCUUCACUGUUUGUUUCAAGGUUUAGGGGGCCAUCCUGUUAUUGUUUUUUUAGCUUGGAUUCAACAAACAACUAAUCCAAAAAUCUCAUGUAUUAUUACUAUAAUGCAUAAUUAUUCCUUAAACUCUGCCAAGUUGCUAAUGAAACCACUUGGAUUUUUUUU